AUGCCGGAGCUGCUGCGCGCCCAUCGCGGCUUUUUCCCCACAACACAAACAGCAGCAACAGCCCACGCAGAGCUGCCAGAGCUGCUGGAGGCUCUGGACGGGUCCUCCCCAGCUGCAGCGCUGCCGGAAGCGCUGGCGCGAGAGCUCGCUGAUGUGGCGGCCAUCGGCGGCGCGACGCACCUCCGCGGGAUCCUGUCGGAAAUCGGGGACCUGAGGCGCGUGGCGGAGGCUGACCUGGCGGCCUGCCAGACGGCGCUGGAUGAGGAGUCGACUGCGGACGCUGCUGCGCGCGCCGAGUUUGGCGACCGCUGGAAGGCGCCUCAGAGCGCCACCCUGGCCAAGCACCUGUGGGAGAAGCUGCACAGCUACAGGUCGACCCUGGCCCAGGCGGGCGACUCCGAUGCCAAGGUCAUCCAGAGGCUGGCGGACAGCGAGGCGGCCUUCGACGCGCUCACGCCCGCCGCCGCGGCCGCGCAGAUGCCGCGGCUGCAGGCGCCGCUGAUGCCUCUGGGACCGGAGGACCCCGUGGUGGUGGCGGCCAGCCUACGCCGCGGCCUCGAGGCCCUCAACACCCUCAGCAGCGAGAGGGCGGGCAUUGAGGAGGCCCUGAAGGAGCUCAAGGCAAAAGACAACAUCCUACCAAAGCUCAUGGCAUCACCAUCCUCAGCCUAUGACGCCCUCUUUGAGCGCGAGAUCGCAAAGUACAAUGUGCUCAGGGAGGACGCGGCCCGCAGCGCGACGCGCAACGACGAGGCGGUAUCCGCACUCUUGCGGCACGCGCAGGCGUUCCGGACGGUGUUCGAGGUGCAGGCGUGGCGUGCGGCGUGCGAGGCGGCGGCGAGCGGCGUGCGAGGGAGCCUCAAGGCGUACAGGGAGGUGCUUGACCACCUGACUGAGGGUCUCAGGUUCUACAUGAGCCUGCAGGAGGCCGUCAAGGCGCACCAGCAGCAGUGCACCGACUUUGCCUACACCCGCUCCCUGCAGAGGGACGACCUGCGCCAGGAGCUGGAGCGGCGCGGCAGGGAGGAGCGCGACGCGGCGGAGAGGCGGGCGCGGGAGGAGCGCGAGGCCAAGGCGGCGCAGGCGAUGGCGUACCUGUCGGUCAACCCGCCGCAGCAGCCGCAGCAGCCGGCCUACCCUGCGCACCCGCCGCCGCCGCCGGGCGCGUACGGCCAGCACGCUCCGCCGCCGCACCACCCCCAGCAGUACUACGCCGGCGCGCCGCCGCCGCAGCAGCAGCCGGCGCCGGCGGCCGCGUACCACCAAGCGCCGCCGCCGCAGCAGCAGCCUCAGCAGCCCCAGUCGGCCUACGCUGCGCCGCCCCCGCACCAGCACUACUAUCCCCAGCAGCAGCAGCAGCAGCAGCAGCAGCAGCAGCAGCAGCAGCAGCAGCAGCAGCAGCAGUAUGCGCCGCCGGCGCAACAGCCUCCGCAGCCUCCUGCCUACUCGCACUCGUACGCGCCACAGGUGCAGCAGCCGUACCACGGCGCAUACUCGUCGCAGCCCUCGCAGCAGCCCUACGCGCCGCCGCCGCCGCAGCCCGGCGGCUAUGGGCAGCCGCCGCCGGCGCACAACCCUUACGCGUACCAGCAGCCGCCACCGCAGCAGCCGCCGCCGCAGCAGCAAUGGACGCCGUACCCGCAGCAGCAGCCGCAGUACUCGUAUCCGGCCAGCCAGCACCCUCAGCACCAGCAGUACGGUCCGCCCCCGCCCCAGUGA